AGAGCUACGUCACUAGCAACAGAGCUUCAACCUCAGCUGUUCAUCAUUGAGCCAGAAACGUAGGCGCAACCUUCACACCCCAACUCGCAGCUUUUCUCGACUUCCUUCUCACCGUUCCAUCACUCAUUGUCACUCUGCAAUCCAUCCAAUCGCCGCCAAAAAGUUCUCUACCGCACCAAAGCGAUCUCAUCCCAAAGAAAACCAACAUGCCCAAAUCCGCUUGCUUCGACGUCCUCGGAACCUGCUUCGACUUCCAACCCGCCAUAGAAGAAAUCUCCCUCCGUCUCAAAUCCAAAUCUCUCCCCUCUUCCACAGUCAUCGACGCCAAAUCCCUCUUCUUCGGCUGGUUCUUCGCCGCCCAACGGGACUUCACCUAUGCCUCAUUGUGCGGGAACUACACGCCCAUCGCCCAAGUCCUAAAAUUAACAUUCAAACGUGCUUGCGCAGUGGUUGACAUCCCAUUAUCCUCCAUCACCGACGAAGAUGUCGAAGCUGUCAUGGCGAAAGUGCGAGAAUUAGAUGCAAGGCCGGGAUUGAAGAAAUGUUACGAUGGGUUGAGAGAUGCGGGGUGGGAUGUGUAUGGUGUGACGAAUGGAGGGAAAGAAGCGAGUUUGAAGUAUUAUGAACUUGCGGGAAUAGAGUUGGAUAAAGAUCAUUUGUUGAGUUGUGAUGAGAUUCAAGUGGCGAAGCCGGAUGAGAGGGUUUAUGCUAAUGCGCACCGCUGGUUGACCAGUAGAGGUUUGGGCACGGAAGGUGAUGGAGAAAGGUGGUUUGUUGCAGCGCAUGCGUGGGAUUUGCUUGCGGCGAGGAAGGCGGGUUUCAAGACUGCGUAUUUGCAUUUCGAGGAGCAUGAUCCUGUGACGGGUGUGUUUGGGGAAUUCGACUUGUAUGCGGACAAUAUGGAGGAAUUGCUGGAGAAGAUGAAGGCUUUGUAGCUGCAUGAUCGCCCAGCUCGCUAGGCACUGGGGUCAUCCUGACAUAUAAUAGGUAUGACUACUGCUGGUCUUCAGUAUCGAGAUAGAGGCACGUUUGCGCUGAUUCGAUGAUACCGGCAAGUAUUGGAGCCUAGCGAACAAUAGCUUGCUCAUGAGCUGUGACAUGGCAGCCGUAGAAAGCUUGUGCGCGAUCGAGUUGGCGCCGCCGUCUCGGACAUUCAUGCUCUCAAAUGCGGAGUAGCUGUUGCGUUUCGCCCAUAACGACGGACAAACAUUGCCAGUGUAGAUGAAUGGU